AUGGCCACCAUGACCUUUGUAAAGAUUACCCCUCAGCAGCCUCCUGCACUGCAAGGAACAAAGUCCAGUCUUGCCAAGAAGAUCGCUCCUGAGCUGGACGAGUUCUUCCAAGGACUGAGGAAGAAAGUGAAGAUUGGUGUUGUGGGCGGCUCGGAUUAUGCCAAGAUAGCAGAGCAACUGGGGGAAGGAGAAGAAGUCAUUCAGAAAUUCGAUUACGUCUUCGCUGAAAAUGGGACGGUGCAGUACAGGGACGGGAAGUUUGUCACAAAGGAGGCCAUACAGAACUAUCUGGGUGAGGAGCUACUGCAGGAGCUGAUCAACUUCUGCCUGAGCUACAUGUCUGACAUCAGACUCCCUCGUAAAAGGGGAACAUUCAUUGAGUUCCGGAACGGCAUGUUGAACGUCUGUCCCAUCGGCAGGAGCUGCUCCUUGGCGGAACGCCUCGAGUUCUUCCAGAUCGACAAGACGGAGAAGAUCAGGGAGAGGUUUGUGGCGGCUUUACAGGAGGAGUUCGCCGGCAAAGGACUGAACUGUACAAGAGGAGGCAUGAUCAGUUUCGACAUCUAUCCCGAGGGCUGGGACAAGCGCUACUGUCUGGAUAUCUUGGAGAAGGAUGGAAUUAAAACUAUCCACUUCUUCGGGAAUGAGACUGAUCCGGGUGGUAACGACCACGAGAUCUUUCACGACCCCAGGACAAUCGGUUACACUGUCAAAUCCCCGGAGGAUACAGUCAGACUGUGCAAAGAACUCUUCCUGCGGGAAUGAGCCCUAGACCAUGACUCAAGGAGACUUUCCACCGGACUUUGUGGGAUCUGGGACGUUCCUCUGGUGGAGAUGAUGUUCAGUUUAGUUUUGGGAUUCUGGGCCUUGGGCCCACCGAGUCCACACUGACCAGCGAGCCCUCGCACAUCAUCAUAAUCAUAAUCAUAUUUUAUUAGCCAAGUGAAUUUUAUUUGCCGUACAUUCACACCAAUAAAAAGCAACAGAACACACAAAAUACAUUUUAACAGAAGCAUCCACCACAGUGACUCCUCCACAUUCCACACUGUGAUGGAAGGAAAAAAAUAGUUCAAUCUCUUCCCUUCUUUGUUCUCCCGCGGUCGGGGGGCCUCGAGCCUUCCGUUGACGGGACGAUCUUGGCUCCUGUAGCUGGCGGUCGGGGCGAUCAAGCUCCCACAUCAGGGGGGGGAAUCUCAGCUCCUCCGCGCCAGGUGAUCGGACCCCGGGUCACAGCUGGUCGAAACCUUCACCGUCGUUUAGAGCUUCCCGACAUCAGUCUCUACCCAAGACUGCGAGCUCCUCCAUGGUGAAAUUGGAGCGUCGAUCCCAGGCAAGGGAUCGCAGGCUCCGAUGGUAAGUCCACGGCCCAGCGGUGGGGCUCAAAGUCAGUCUCGAGCAAGGCCGCCAGCUCCAUGAUGUUAGGCUGCAGAGCGACCGGGAGAUACGAUCCGGAAAACAAUCGCAUCUCCGGCAAGGUAGGAGAAUGGAAAAAAACGUUUCCCCCGACCCCCUCCCCCACCCCACACACAUCCCACCUAACAACAAACCAGGGAACAUUAACACAAGCUUUUAAAACACACUAAAAAUAACAAAGAAAAGACGGAAAGACAGAGGCUGCCAUCACUGACGGUGCCACCCCCUGGUACAUUAACACUAUCCUACACACACCAGGGACAAUUUUACACUUAUACCAAGCCAAUAAAUCGACAAACCUGUCCGUCUUUGGAGCGUGGGAGGAAACCGAAGAUCUCUGAGAAAACCCACGCAGGUCACGGGGAGAACGUGCAAACUCCGUACAGACAGCGCCCGUAGUCGGGAUCGAACCCGGGUCUCUGGCGCUGUGAGGCGGCAACUCUACUGCUGUGCCGCCCUGGAUGUUGAAAUCAACUUCAUUGGAGCGUGGGGAUGUACAGUCGCUCCACUUGGCCCCUGUUCCCAGAUCCACAUCAGCCCAAGGUGUCAACACGAGGACAAGGCGCCACCAUUUUGUCCACAUCUGGGCCUCGUUCUCAUGGCAACGAGUUCCCCAGCACCACCCUGUGGCCAGCGGCCGGCAUUACAGCGUGACUGUUGACAGCAUAUCUGAGCAGCAAAUGUUUGCAAACCCCUCUACAGUGCUGUGUGUUGUCAAAAUACACGGCACAAUAUAUUGCCGCCAAUGUGAACUUAUUCUCUGUGGUAGGAAUGACAGAAAUAAAAGAUAUAUUUUUUAAAA